UAGGCAUAGAUCAACGUUCCCUGAUUGAGGUGUAUCGCAUGAGGUAUUCGCCUAAGUUUGCCCGUCCGCGCUUGGUAUUAGUUCCCCAGUGUGAGAUUAGUGUGGAGGAGUGCGGGGUUGUUGUUUGACUACACCUACUACACCGUGGGGCGACUGAUGAGCCCGUUUCAUUUGGUUUUUAUAGUUUUUCGCGAAAAAACUCUGAUAGUCGCUUUAGUUGAUUCAUGAAAUCAGCGUAGAUCGGUCGUCGUAGUCGUUUCCGUGGUAGAAGCUAGUGGCAGCCCCGUAGAACGGAAAGAAGAUAGAUAUCUGUUUACCGGGAAAAUGCUCUUUUUCUCCAUAUCAGGUGCAGUGAAUUAAUCAGUGUAACGAACUGGACGACCAAAUAAGACGUAAAUUGCUUCGAGCGUUGUCCUCUGGUCCCCGGAGAGGGAAUUGACACGACUCGACUACGGUGCUUUUUUGUAUGUUCGAAGUGGAAAAUUGAAUCCAACGACGAUGUGAGAUUCGGCAUAUUCGACGAUCUGACGUUUGUGUUUUUUUCCGUAAAGGUGGAAAAAACGAGUCGGAAAAGCGUGUUUGUGACUAAAAAGGUGACCUCCUAAUUGGAUUAAUUGAGAGUGAAAAAGUCCGGCACGUGAAACGAUAGUUGGUUCCAGUAGCAGAAGAAAACUCGGUGUUCGGUGCAAAUUCCCAGACUCCCUGCUGCGUUGACCUGGUGGCCGGCCGGAGUGUGACAGCAGCGUGUGUCCGAGAUGUGCCCGGAUGUUUGCAAACAUCUGAAGAAAUGUGGAUCUAGUAGAGCCGGUCGUUGGGAGGAAUAAUGCGCCGGUUUGAUCCGGGGGGACUAACGUAUGGUCAUCGGUGAAGAAGCCCAGAAGGCUUCCCGACUAUCAUAUAUCCAUAGUGUAGAGAGGAGUGUGCAAUACGACGAACGCGUGCCUAGCUCCCAGUGGGGAGUAGUCUGGUGGUGCUGGUGGCGGCCGGCGAUGAACGAGAAUGUGAAUAGUGUUUGGCUAUUGCCGUUUUCUGAUGAGAUUGAUGAGGAAGGCAAACAGGAAUAAUGAAGUGCAAUUUUUGUUACCUGAUGAAGGUGCUUUUGUGGAUGCUGGUUGGAGGAAUGACCGAUGGCGUAUGGCGACGGUCAAUGGCAGUAGCCGGAUACAGCAGUGAUCCACAUUUGUUCGAGAAUAGAGAUGGCUACAUAAUUGGCAAUUACCUGCACGCAUCGGAACAGGACAUCCGGGACUUUUUCUGGACCGGCUCGGGCGAUGGCCCAUCGUCGGCCCUUAAUCCCUUCGACCGGUUUCCAAUCAGUGAGGAUGCAAUCAUCAAAACGGCCACCGUUGUGGCCACGGUGUACAUCGACCGGAGUGGCAGCAGUGGGGGCGCAAACGGCGGCGGUGCCGGAGAUGAGCUGUGCAUCUUCGAUUGUCCUCCGGCCGGCGGCGGUGGGGGCAUCGUGGACGAGACGAUUGAUAACGUUACACCCACCGACAGGCGCUUCUGGCUGAUGACGGUCAUCGGGGGGCUGUUCGGCAAGAAGGAUUACCCGGAACUGGAGGGAAACCUGGCCAAACUGUACCGGGUGGCGUUUACCAGACAACAAGCAUUACAUCUCGGUAUCAACAACAACACUCUUCACAUGCAAUCGUCACCGCCGCAGAGAGGAGGAAGUCAUCGAAUACGGAGGAGGAGCAUUCCAUCGGAUCGCCCCGAGGGGCUCCGGACCAGUGACCGGGGUAGGAGGCACUUGGUCGAGCAAGUCAGAUCAACGAGGACAAUGGAAUCAAGUGGCAAACGUAAGCCGCUCGAAGGCAGGAAUGUUCUUGUGAAUGAGCAGGUCUACAAGUACGAAAGAUAUAGACGGAAGCGUAGGAAAAAGGUGCACAAACGAGAUACGGACGAUGGGUCAGGCGAUGGAGACGGAGGAACUGGGCAGCCUGUGGUGGUGGUGUCCGAACAAGGACAUGCGGAGAGCGUGCAGGAUGAUCAAAUGCAGCAGUUGCAACGGGAAACAUCCGCCAUCAACGAUGAACCGACGUCACCACUUGUGCGUAAUUAUGACAAGGAGGCCUACUCGAGUCCUGUUGGUGGCACUGGUAGCGGUGGUGGCGGCGGCGUCAGCGGUGGUAGCAGUAGCAGUGCCACCAGUUACAACAAGCGACAAGUACGUAUUUUGAUACACAAUACCACCCACUUGCGGGAAGGCGACAGCGACGAGGACCUAUCGAUGGACGGGACCGAUCCGGCGAGAUCAAAUCAACUGCUCAACCAAACGGAAAUCAUCUACUCGGUGUUUGUCGGCGGACAGCCGGUCCUGGCCACAACGGCAGCAGAAGAUAUGAAACUUAUGUCCCAAGAGGAGGCCGAACACGUGAUGGAAACCUUGGUCUAUCUGAAAGCCGACCCAUAUCUCAAGGAACCGCAGGCAACACCACUGAUACCGUCCACCUACAACGGCAGCUCGAAUGUGAUCGCUCUCAUCGGUCAGAAUCCGACACUUUUUGUCGUGUCCUGCGUGGCCAGUGCGCUGUUUCUGGUGCUGCUGAUUGGCAUCUUCCUGGUGGCCCGAGGCAAGAGGAAACACAUUACCGAGCUAAAGAAACUGGAGUCAACUCAGGCCUUAGUGAUGCCCGGUAGCAGCGGCGGAGACGACCUAAACACCGUCAAGUCCGAUAGUGGCAGCAGUCACCAUUCGCCGUUUCAACGGGACCCCUCUACGGUCAGUGUCAUUGGAUCGGUUCCGACGACGACGACGAAGCCCUCUCCAACCAUUCACUUCCCCCUGCCGCCAAUGUCACGCCCCACAUCGUCUUCGAGCUACUCAUCCGACUCGUCCGUUUACUAUCCGAAACGGAAACUCAAGCACCACACGCAGGAUUUGCUGGACGAGCGGGCGGUCACCCUGACCAACAAGCUGCAGAAACAAUUUGGAUCUUUGGUCACCACAGAAAAUGUCUACGCUUCAGUCCAGAAACCCAAGAAAGAGCACACGCACAAACGGCGUCGAAAGUAUCUCGGAUCGGAGAACCGAGUCGGAUCCUACGAGGGGGCCAUGCUGCAUGCCCCGGGAAGCCCCAUCACCGCCAGCACCACGACCUCCAACAGUGCCAGUGGUUCAAGCGAACAGUCGUACGAUACGCGACCUGCCAAGCUAACACCACCCUACGAACACAACGAAACGUUCAACACAGAUGUCAUCAUGAAGCACUACCUGAAGAAGAAAAAGACAUCCGGGAUGUUGGUGGGCCACUACAAUGGUGGGUUCACGAUGGACCAGGUUCCCACGGAGGCGUUUAACAAAGAUAAGAUCCGGUAUUUGGAGAAAUGUGGUCGAGCCUCGGUUGAUACGGGCAGCAUCGGAUCGUAUCUUAGUAUGGCGUCGGUAAAGAGUUUUCCGAGAUGUUUCGUCCCGGAACCGCUGAGCCGAGUGCUGGAACCGGUAACAAUGACCCAUCUGGACCAAUCGGAAGGAGGUGCCGACGGAGGAAAAUCUACCGCCCCCGGAACGGCUUCCACCAGUCAGUACAACACGGACACGGAGAUGCCGUUUUCACGCACCCAGAGCGACGGAGCCGAUCCGGGCGUGGUGGGACCCAUCGUUUGGCAGAUGCACAAAAAGGAGAUGGAAGAAAUGACUAGUCCCAUCCGGGACCCGGUGGUUACCCGGAACCGCUUCGAAGGCCUACUGGAAGGAGCCAUCCAGCUCUACACCGACCCUCCGGACAAAGAAGAAGUAAACAAGCACUCUAUUACCCUGCCCGGAGUGAUACGAGCCCCGACGGAGCACCGAGGAAAAUCGGCCGCGGCCGCCGUUGUAAGAUCACGUCCUCCUCCCCGCAGGGAACCGACAACGUCCCGUGCGUGCUCGGCCACCGUUCGGCCCGUCACGGCGGCAGGCCAGGCCCGUAGCAAGCUGGAGAGUUCCGGACCACCUUCACCGGGUCGAGGAGCUUGGGGAAGUGGCGCCCAUUCCCCGCUGGUUAGACCCAUGAGUGCUGGUCCGUUCCAUACUCCGGCCGCGCCCCAGAUCGAUAUUACGCGUGUAAUGGCCCCGCAGACGGUUCUCCAGUCGACGGAACUGUCCACGGCGCCACUGCUGCAUAAUAUCAUGCAGGAACUGAAACGAUUCCGGAACGAGUGAAGUGUUCCAUCCGGUUCGAUCUGUUUUGUCUCCUAAAUAUACCAACCCGUAGCGGUAGUUCUCUUAGAAUACUUUCAGGCCGGAUGGGGCUAGUCGAGAAACGUGAAACACUGCCAAUUUUGUGGUAGCUGACAGCAUUUAACUGCAUACCUAUUCCUAUACGGUGACUAUUUAUCCAUAUGGUAGCAACGCGGGUUUUCGUGUACUUUGUAGCAUAACUGUAGAAAUAUUGUAGAUCGCAAUCUGUUUUUUCUUUUCCAUUAGACUGGCAAGAGUAACCAUAGCUUUUAAGUACAUUUCGUCUAAUACAGUACAUACCUUGGCGAGUUUCGUAAGUAUAUGUUUGUACAAUUGAGAAUCUGGCUUUUGGAUCGAAUAAAUAAAAUACAAAUUUUCAAUGAA